GAAUUCAUAACUGGUGUUGUCCAAGUACAAUAAUUUAAUUUUUAAUGUAUCACUGUAUCGUUUACUUAUUUACUAGUUCACUCAAAUCAAAUAUUACAGGAGCCAUCCAUCUUCAUGACUGUCCUCUACAAGACUUGGUGCCCAUCUGGCUGAUCGUGAGCGGCGUGGCUCCAAUCUUCUUUGGCGGCUCGGCGCGUAAACAAGGGGAUGACGGUGAUGAAAGUCAAAGUCCCGCGCGCAGCGUCUGUGGGGUCAUAGGGCUGAUCUUCAACCUUGCCUGGCUCAUCUGUGGAUCAUUGUGGGUGUACCCCACGUUCGGAACGGUAAACAACGAUGACUUCGUGCCCUGUAUUGGCAACGUUACGACGGGCUGCUCUCAAGACUGCCAUAAGCCGACCUUGACCUUCGCGUUUGCCAUGGUCACAAUCGACUGGAUUUUCUUCGUAUUCUGGUUUAUUACCACAUUGUGCUCUUUCCGUGCAAUUUGCUCUCGGUCACGUGGGGGAGCGCAGAUAAGUGCUUAGUGUGUGUAUUCUUUGAGCCAAACACAAUGAUUUUGUAUAUGUAUGCAAGUGUUUUCUAGUAUUUGUGUAAUGCGUCUUCGCUUCAUAAUAUAUUCUUGUAUCCAAACACAACUGAACGUUGUGACAAUUUUUUUUUUGUCUUGGAACGAGCCA